AUCUUACCAAGGCAACUUGUAGCACUGGUACUCAUCAGAAGUCGGUUAGGGUAUCUCUGGUAUUACUGCACUCUGGCUCGAUUGGACUAAAUGGACUUACAUAAACCUGGGAUUAAGCCCCCGCAACUGAUUUACUGCAGUUCAAUAAUUACACCUAAGAUGACUUUCUAACAUUUCAACAAGCCAAGGCGCAUGGUAUCUACCCAGCAAAACCACGACCCUGUUCAAAUCUCUCAUCCACAAAGCCUCUCUCACGAUGGAGGAUGCUGAGGAGGGUAAACCCUUUCUCCCUAAUGACUACACCCCGGCGGAGAUUGUCCGGGACACGCGAAGCCUAAGGCGCCGACUACUUGACUGGGCCUGGGUUUUUUCCACGGCGAUAUUCGCAUCGCUUUCUAUUUUCCUCUACCUCCGAUCGACCAGAAUCGCGACAUACGAGCGUGGAUUCUCAACUGACUUGGAUGCGCUGAAAUCACAAAUUCAACUGCAUCAGGUACGAUUUACCGGUGGACUUGAGCUCAAUGAAACGGGCAAACUGCACCGCAUCAUCGACCCAAGACAGCCACAGUAUGUCGGGCCUCCAGCGCCCGAAAUCGACGCAGCGUGGGACGAGCUGAUGCUCGCUCUCGACCUCGAUCUCCCCCUGAAAGAGUCGGAAGAUGUGAGAUGGACAAUGAAAGGCGAAGAAAACGAUAAAUACAGAGUCAGCCUUGACAUGUAUCAUUCGCUACACUGUCUAAAUGCGAUUCGGCGGGCCUUAGACUCGGAUUACUAUGAGCCAGGGGUGGAGCAUCCCUAUUUCUUUCGGUUGCAUAUUGAUCAUUGCAUUGACUAUCUUCGUCAAGGUAUACAGUGCUCUGCCGACCUGACUCCACUUGGUUAUGAGUGGAAUGAAGAGUACCAGGUUCCAUUCCCCUUGUUCAAAGAGAAACAUACCUGCCGGAACUUUGACAAGAUAAAAUCUUGGGCAAUGGAGAGAAUUCCAGCGGAGAGAAAGGAGCACAUUCACAGUCAUAGCCAUCCUAUUGCGCAACGACAGGACUAGAUAUCAAGAAAAAACUGGAAAAAACUGUACCUGGAGGAUACAAUGAUUGCGAUGGACUGCAAAGCCGGCCAAGAUCCAGUACAUCUCUUAAAUGUUCAAAUCCCCCGGUUCAUCACUGAAAGGGAAGGCGAAUGGAUGGCCAAGAGCUGGGAUAGAAUCUAAGAAGGGAGUGUCCAUUCAAGUUAAGGCUACCCGGAAUGAGGGCUUUGUGAGGCCGAGAGAGACCUGGCAUUCGAACGAAGAACCAGCAGUCAGAUCGCACUAUAAUCGGAAAUCCAGACAACAUGUACAUGGCCACCAGCCUCAGGCAUCCAAUCAUCUAACAGUACCCUAACUUUAUGGUUCUCGUCAUGCUUGUAUUCUCUCCACACCUCACGACCACCUAUUCUCUGGGCAAGUAGAGGAGAACUAAAUGACGGAACGUGACUUAAUAAGAAAAGAAAGAUCUUGGAAAUAGCCUCUAAAGAUCAAUUGCCGAG